GUUUCAUGAGUCAGACUGGCCUGUUGGGAGUUUCUUCUGAAGAUGUACAUGUUGGUUGAAAAACGCACAAGUUCCCAUCUUCAUCUGAAGAGGUCACCUGGCAUUCGAUCUUGGUCUCUCUUUGUUGGAAUAGCCUCCAUAGGUUUGGCUGCUGCUUAUUAUAGUGCAGAUAGUUUGGCAUGGAAGCUUUUCUAUAUGGCUGGGUGCUUCUUUGUGGCAGCACAGAAUCUGGAGCAGUGGGAGGAAGCUGUAUUUGAUAAGAACAAGGGAACAGUUUGCCUAAAAACAUUCAAUCUUUACAAAAAAUUACUGACCUUCUCAAAAGGAGGCAAUGAACAAGUCGUGGCUCUGCUGCCUGAGAUCCGAGCGGUGCAUGUGGAGGAGGAGGUGGUGCGGUACUUUGGGAAGGGUUAUCUGGUGCUGCUGAGGUUUAGCACUGGGUUUGCACACCCCCUGACUCAGAGUGCAGUGCUGGGCUGUAGAAGUGAUGUGGAAGCAGUUGCCAAACUCAUUACUAGUUUUCUGGGACUGGACAGAAUAGAGAACCAACAAGAUCUCUCUCAGAGCAGCGAAACAGAGGCUAGUGAUGCUGAUGAACCACAAGAUAAAUACUAA